UAGAAGAAAAACUUGAGCGGCCACUCGUCCGGGCACCUGCCCUUGAAGAGUAGGUUGGCGGAGUUGUAUUUUUCUGGUCGGGUCCGGGGCCACUAGUCACCACCAUAGCCGCUGCUGGCUCCGGACCACCCAGAUCCACGAGAAUCUGGGGGAAUGACGGGGUAGGAGUGAGGAGCGGAGAGGUAAGGGCGCUGUGCUCCUUGGAGGUGGCCGCACCGAAGGCGGUAUAGGAGUCCAGCCCUAGGGUCCGAGUGGAGCCAGGGGCAUGGAGGGCGGGCCCAGUAACCUUCGGAAGAAGGCGGCGGAGCGGCAGCACCGGGCCGAGGUGAUGCUGGCAGGGGAGCAGCUGAGGCUUCGACUUCAUGAUGGGAAGCUCAUCAAAGAUCGACGUUAUCAUCUUCGGACAUAUCCCAACUGUUUUGUGGCCAAGGAGCUCACGGAUUGGUUGAUAGAUCACAAGGAAGCACCAGACAGAGAAACAGGCAUUCGCCUUAUGCAGAAACUGAUGGACCACUACAUCAUUCAUCAUGUGUGUGAUGAGCACUCAGACUACAAAGAUGCCAAACUGCUCUACCGUUUCCGCAAGGACGAUGGGACCUUCCCUUUAAACAAGGAUGUCAAGGUGUUUCUUCGAGGCCAGAGUCUAUAUGAAGCGUUGGUGAGUGCAGAUGACUCCAUCCUUAAAGUGCGAGAGGAAAAGUCUGUCAGGUACCAGCGAGCUUUUCUGGGCUGCGACAUGGUAGACUGGCUCACUCAGGAGGGGGAAGCAGCCAGCAGGAAGGAGGCUGUGGAGCUGUGUCGGGCUCUCCUGGAACAUGGGAUCAUUCAACAUGUUUCUACCAAGCACCACUUCUUUGAUAGCAAUCUCCUCUACCAGUUCCGGAUCAACUUCCGUAGGAGGCGGCGGCUCACUGAGCUUCUGACGGACAACCUCCGAACUGUUCCUGAGAGCCCUGAUAGUCCCUUCUGUCUUCGAAAGCUCAACCCUGACCAGGGCAAUACUAGCUUCCUCUCAGUUCAGCCUAACAAGGAGAUAAAAGUGGUCUCAGCUGUUAGGAGAAGCAGUGUCUCCAGCCUAGCAGGGGGAGCUGGCCCCUACUACAACAGUCCACCUCUUCUGGGGCUCCCACCAGGCUCUGAGUGCAACCCCAAAUCAGUUCUGAAGAGACAGGUAACCAGUGAGGAGCUGUUGUCCCCAGGAGCCCCCUAUGUGAAGAAGACUCUAACGAUUGUAGGGGAUGCUGUGGGUUGGGGGUUUGUAGUCCGAGGAGGAAGACCCUGUCAUAUCCAGGCUGUGGACCCUGGAGGUCCAGCUGCUGCUGCAGGCAUGAAGGUAUGCCAGUUUGUGAUCUCAGUGAAUGGAAUUUUGGUGUUACAUCUGGACUACCAGACGGUCAGCAACCUCAUUGUGACGGGGCCACGGACACUGAUUAUGGAGAUUAUGGAAGACAUAGAGUGAAGAGAAUUUGAGAGCCUCCCUUGGCAACCCUCCCCUGCUUCCCUCCCCAGUGCCUGACUCCCUUCACCAAACGGGAUGGGACCAUCAAAAACCCCAGACUGAAAUGUAUGUGGGGGAGGGGAUGUAACUUUAGAGAUAAACUCCAAAGCUCUGAGAUUGGCCAAAUUGCCCAUUAUACAAUCAUUUAUUGAAUAUCUACCAUUUGCAAAGCAUGCUCUGUUUGGCAUUAUAAUGGACAUAAAUGGGUAAGACAUGCUCUUGUCCUCAAAGAGUUUGUAAUCUAGUAGGGAGGAUAUUGUGUGUAUAUGCAUGCAUAUGUAUGUGUAUACACAUAUAUACAUAUACAUACACACAUACAUAUAUGUGUGUAUAUAUAUACCACACAUAUACAUAUAUGUGUGUAUAUAUAAAAUAUGUGUGUGUAUAUUAUAUAUAGUAUAUGUGUAUAGGUAUAGAUAUAGUAGAAGGCAGAACAUGGUUAAAGAUUGUAAGAGAGGAGCAGCUAGGUGGUGCAGUGGAUAGAGCACGGGUCCUGGAGUCAGGAGCACCUGAGUUCAAAUCCGGCCUCAAACACUUAACACUUACUAGCUGUGUGACCCUGGGCAAAUCACUUAACCCCAAUUGCCUCAAAAAAAAAAAAGAUUGUAAGAGAGAUCCAAACACACAGUUUGAAGGAGUCACAGAAGAGAAAGAUCACUUUUGUUUAAAGGGAUUGAUCCAGGAGGCAUUAUAGACCAGGUAGCCUUUUUACCAGGAGUUUUCCAAAGAGAUCCAGAGACACCUCUUGCCUUUGGAGAGGACGGUGUCCAGAGCUGGACCAGGUGUGGCACAAACUCCAUUUCAAUUGACAUGAAAGAUGGUGUGAUGUAGUGGAGAGUACACAGGGCUAGAAACCUGACCACUAGGGUCCCAGUUCUGCCUCUGACCUCCAUUCACUUGGCUCUGUAACCUGGCAUUAGGUAUUUCUCUCCUCGGAGCUUCAAUUUCCUGGUCCCUGUGGGGAGGUUAAUUCCACCCUGACUCCAUCACAGGACUGUUGGGAGGCUCAGAUGAGACAACAUCUAUAAAUGUGCCUUGCAGAGGUAAAAGGGCUCUCUGUAAGAAGAUGAGGACCACACAGCUGAAGCAAGGGUGAAUUGGGGGAUGGAGAGGGUCUGAAGUGUGUUCCCUGCCCCACUUCCUAAAGCCACAAAGACAGAACUUGGCCCCUUUGACCAUCUGUCCCUGACUUUAGUCUGGCUCACCAGCUUCUGCCACCGUUCCAUAGGAGGCAGAGCCUGGUUCUGAAGACAGGGGGCAAGACUUCAUGGUCUCAUGUCUGCCAACCCUCAGAGCUUGUGAUCCCUAGAGUUCAUGACUCAUGUCUGAAAGGCUUCAAUGACACUGUUUAGUGGCCUUUGGACUUUGGGUCUAUGUGAACAGCUCCAGCAGAUCUGGAGCAUUCUUCACUGAGGUUAAUCACAUCUUGCACAAGCACAGCCAAAUUAGAAACCUAGGGAAAGUGACAGGGAAAAUAAGAUUUUUUUUCACUAGACCAAGGGAGGCUCUGUGCCAGCAGAAGUGUUCUAACCCAAAGCUUCUUAAACUGUGGGUCAUGACCCUAAAUGGGGUCAACUGAACGUGGGGUUUGUGAAAAAUUUGGCAACAAUAAAAAGUUAUGUAUACCUGUUUUAUAAACCUAUAUACCUGGGGUCAGGUACACAUUUCUUGGGUGAAAAGGGGUCGAGAGUGGAAGAAGUUUAAGAAGUUCUGAUGUAAUCAAGAGAUGGCCAGAGCCUAAGAGUCUAGGUCUAGCAAAUCUCUCAGAAAGUGUUAUUUCCCCUAAUUUUGCUAUUGAUAUUUUUUGCUUUGCUUCUUACAUUGGGAUCAUUUUCUUAUAUACCCCUACACAUGGAAUCCUCCCUUGUCACAAAGGAAAUCAGUUAAGCAAAAUGAACCUGCAAAACAGCUAUGUCUGAUAGUGUGUGCCACAUUCUUUGCCAGUGGUCCUCCACCUCUCUUCUAAGACAAGGCAUGCAUAUUAUAUCCUCUGUUUUUGAAUGGAUUAUUCAUUGAAAUGAAUCUGAAUUCAGUAGUCUUAGAAUGUCGUUUUUAUUUGCACUAUGGUAGUAUUGUGUUUAUUGUUCCAGUAGUGCUGUUUCCUUCACUCUGCAUCACUUCAUCCUAGUUUUCCCAUAUUUUCUUGAAUUACAUUUCUUUAUUCAUUUCCUCCCUCCUUCCCUCCCUCCCUUCCUUCCUUCCUUCCUUCCUUCCUUCCUUCCUUCCUUCCUUCCUUCCUUCCUUCCUUCCUUCCUUCCUUCCUUCCUUCCUUCAUUCCUUCCUUCCUUCCUCCAUUUCCAUCUCCUCUCCUUUCUUCCUUUUCCUUUUUUUUUUCUUUUUUGGACCAGACUUGUGACUUCUUCAGUAUAGGAAACUCCUUAUAAAGAAACUCUACCCAUGCUGAUCAGCACCUGUUCUGCAUCUUACAAUCCUAGGGCGUUGCCUGGGGGUGGGUGCUGGCAGGUUAAUUAACUUGCUCAGGGCCACCACAGCCGGUAUGUGUCCUAGGAAUGACUUGAAUUCAGCUUUUCCCGACACUAGGGCUAGCUUUUGGGGCACUACCCCACACUGCCUCUUGUUUCUUAUGGUGUAAUAUUAUUCUAUUGCAUUCACCUGCCACAAUUUAUUUAGUUAUUAAACAAUUGAUAGUCA